CUUCUCUCUGGGACAGGGUUUGUAAUCUUUUUUCCCUUCCCCUCUAGACUAUUAAAAGGACAGAUUGCCCUGUUAUACACACUUUUACUUCCCUUCCCUCAAAGCUAUUCAUCUUUAUUAUGAAUUAUUAGUAUCAGAAAUACUGGCACAGGAGAGAGGUUACCAGAAACAUUCUGUAUGUAAUAAAUCCAAAGCCGGUUCUUUUCACAUUUCCCCACCUUUUCUCACCAUGAGAAGGACAGCUCUCCAGCCCUACAUCAAUACCCAGAGACCCAGAUAAAUGAGGUCACAGCCUCUGUCUGAAUUGACAUCACCCCAAGACCUCAGACCCUAGGGAGGACCAGUGGCAUUUCAGAGAGAGGGAGCUCCCAGGUACCUCUCAGCUAUCUUGCCUGUCUGCCACAGAAACUCCCAUCAAAGCCCUUACAGAACGAUCCCUGAAUGACAAUGAAGGCCCCAGGGAAGAAGAAAGCCCUCAUUCACCAGACUGAAGAUGGGGACACUGGAGCAUGUCAGCUGAGCGACAUAGAACAAGAGAAGAACCAUCUAAAGACAAUACUCAAGAAGCUGUCACUGCUGAAGCUGCUGAAGAACGCUGAUCACAGGAUCCUCCGGCUACGUGCAUUAGCUGUCAGCUACUGGAAGUCACUGGCUUUCAAGGAGCCUCCCAACCUCACUGCUGUCCCCACUGGGAUAAGUGUCUCCUCCAAGGACCCAGAUAAGCCUCAAGCAGAUGCUGGUGCUAAUCCUGUCACCGAUCCUGAGGACAUGGAUACAGAUGCUGCAGCUGUGCAGAGUGACCUUGAGCUGCCCUUGAAAACCCAGCCUCCUGAUCUGCAUCAGAAGUGCUGGUUCGAAGGCCUGCCCAAGCGGCUCCACAUACCAGCUCCCAAAGUGCUCUGUAGACCAGCGACCCAGCGAUGGAUUAAACCCUGCUGCACUCGGUCCUGUGGCAAGACUCUGGAGCACACUCUCACCAUCCAGUACCAGGAGUGACAGUGUCUGCUCCCUGGCUUGCAGAUGUUCUGAGCUGGGCAGAGACUGAGAUGAGGUUUCAAGAGAAAGAUCAGCUGAGUGAUGCACUGAUCCAUAAUUCUACAAAUAAAGGGAAUAAUCUGCAUCCUUCAGACACAAAAUGUGUCUCUGGCAUAUGUCAAAGUUGGAGCCGAUUGGAUUGAGUUUGCCAAAGGUGGCCAAAGCUGUAGUUUCCAUCUCCCUUGCAUUCACAGCAAUGCAGAUCUCUGAAGAGUGGGCUGGAAUGGACACUCUGGUUGUUGAGGAUACUUGCAUGUGGACAAGGAAUUUGAUUUUGCCUCUUUUGUACAAUCACUUGAAUGUCUACUCACUAUAAUAGGUCACUUUAAUCCCCGUUGUAACUUUGUAACUCCACUAAAGUCAACGGCAUUAUUUCAGGGAUGGAUUUAGCUCAUUACGCUACCUUUAAAUGAAACCCAAAGAGGAGCUCAAUAGUUUACCAGCAAAUGAGUUCCUUCUCCUAAACGAACAGUCCUAGCAGAAGGUCAUUUUUAUGAUCUCCAACCAUGGAGGGUUCUUUUCUCUGGGUCAGGAGGAAGGGCAUUUCCUGGGACAUCCUUGGCACGAAGAGCUUUCAUUUUCCCUAAUCCACAGAUCCAGGAGAGAAUAGAAAAUGACACAAUCCUGUGCCCAUCUUCCACUUCCAGGAGGCCUUGACACUGGUCACAGGAAGGGUUAAUGUGGUUAUAGUAACAAGUGAAACAUGCAGCAAUGUGAUGUCACAGAGGCUGACCUGUUACACUCCCAGACCAUGAAGUGAUGUCAUCAAAGUGGGCAGGAAAGAGCUCGUCUGGGCUUCUGCUCUCAUUUCCACCAGUGUAACUGGAAAGUGACCCCCACUCACAUCAGUGGAACCUAAUGUAAGCAAGAGCAGAUGCAGAAGCAGGCCCUAGAUAUGUAAAAUGGUGUGUAAUCCCCCAACACACAGGUUAGGGUGAUGGAAAUAACUGUGGGCAGGUUUAGCACAGGAAGAUUUAUUUCUGUGAUAACAUCUAAGGCCUUGAUCCUGCAAAGACUUUAAGCACAUGUGCUUAACCUCAUUUACUUCAAUUAAGUUAAUGGAACUACUUACAGAGCAUAAAGUUAAGCAUGUGCAUAAGUUUUUUCGGGAUUGGGACCUAACCUACAGGUCUCCAGGAAAAAUCACCUAGACCCUGAGAGAUCAUUGCAUUAUGAAUAUAUGAAUUAUGAAUCAUUAUGAAUGAUUGUGUAUAAAACUUGUGGUUCUACAGAAUCAUUCUUAACAAAUAAAUACAUAA